ACCGAGUCUGAGAGACAGACAGCUGAGAGGGACUGAAAGGUAGAAGAGGAAAAAGAAUUGAGAGAGACCACAAACAUUUGUUCAACUGAAAUUUGUCCUGUUCUGUUUCUCUUCCGUAAUAAAACAGCAAAGAGGAUUUAUUACACACAGUGACAAGGUGAUUACUGAUGAUGAUGAUGAUGAUGAAGCUGGUUGUGGUGGUCAGUGCAGUGCUUUUCCUGAUAGCCGACAGCAGCAUGACGGAGAAGAUUCUUUCCCGCAGAAGGAGGACACUGGCCAGCCCGCUGCACGCUCAGGGAAUCCGCGACCCAUUCGGCUCAUAUUGUGAGAGGAGAGGGGGCUGUUGUGAGGGCAGGAACGAUGAGUGCACCAUGCCUUACCUGGACACCAUCUGCUACUGUGAUCUGUUCUGCAACCGCACAGUGAGCGACUGCUGCCCGGAUUUCUGGGGCCACUGUCUGGGAAUCCCGCCUCCUCCCAGAGGUAAAUGUGAGAGAAAUGGCCACUGGUUCCACUCAGGAGCAACCUACAAAGAGAACUGCAAUUUAUGUACAUGUAGUGUGAGUGGCCAGUGGGUCUGUGAGCAGCACGUCUGCCUGAUAGAACAAGACAUGAUCCAGGCAGUGAACUGGGGAAACUAUGGCUGGAGGGCAGCUAACUACAGUCAGUUCUGGGGCAUGAGUCUGGAUGAAGGUUUGCGCUACCGUCUGGGCACUCAGAGGCCUUCCCGAGCCAUCAUGAGCAUGAAUGAGAUUCAGAUGAACAUGGAUAAUAAUGAUCUGCCCAGUUACUUCAAUGCUGCUGAGAAGUGGCCAGGAAAAAUCCACGAGCCCCUGGACCAGGGCAACUGUGCUGCAUCAUGGGCCUUCUCCACUGCAGCUGUAGCUUCAGACCGAAUCUCCAUUCAGUCCAUGGGACACAUGACCCCUCAACUGUCACCCCAGAAUCUGAUUUCCUGUGACACGCGGAACCAAGGCGGCUGUACUGGAGGCCGCAUCGACGGGGCAUGGUGGUUUCUGAGGAGAAGAGGGGUGGUGACGGAGGAAUGUUAUCCGUUUAAUCCGCCCCAGCAGACCCCUGCUGAAGUGAACCGCUGUAUGAUGCAGAGUCGCUCGGUGGGCCGAGGGAAGAGACAGGCCACAGCGCGCUGUCCAAAUGUCUACAGCUACCACAAUGAAAUCUACCAGUCCACCCCGCCCUACAGACUGUCUGCAAAUGAGAAGGAGAUAAUGAAGGAGAUCAUGGAUAAUGGGCCUGUGCAAGCCAUCCUGGAGGUGCAUGAGGACUUCUUUGUGUACAAGAGUGGAAUCUACCGACACACUGGCGUGAAUGCACACAAAGCACCGCAGUAUCGGAAGCACGGCACACACUCCGUAAGGAUCAUAGGGUGGGGUGAAGAAGCAGACUAUAGUGGGAGAACACACAAGUACUGGAUUGCUGCCAACUCAUGGGGAAAGAACUGGGGUGAAGACGGCUUUUUCCGCAUCGCACGAGGAGAAAACGAAUGUGAAAUUGAGGCUUUUGUGAUUGGCGUGUGGGGCCGGAUAACCAUGGAGGACAUGCACAGCCAUCACCAUCAUGGAAGACGUAAAUAGAGACGUCCAGUCACGUGCAUCUCAGAUCCUUGUGCCUCCUGACUUCCGUAUGCACCUCAUUGUCAGAACGACAGCAGGAGACUGCAAUAUGGAUUCCAUAAAGCCAUCAACAUCUACUGAACAUCAUAUUCUCACCAGUGUUCAGAAACAGCCGGUCCUUAUUGUAGCGCGAGUGUAGAUGGUUUCAGAUUGUGGUGAUUCUAAUGCUUCCCUUUCAGUAUGGUAGGAAAAUGGCAUUAAAAAGUCAGUUCCGUUAUUGGCCAAUGAAAAUUCGUUCUCGGACACAUGCUUGCAGUGAUGAGCUCACUAACACCCCCUGCUGAAAACAUCACUCAGUUACAAUUACACAUCCGCUUUUACACACCAUGAUGAGCCCCAUUAUUGAUGACAAAAAAAUGUUAUACUAUUUGUUUGUUUGUUAUUCACUUUCACCUUGUAGGUAAUUUAGAACUGUAUGUAACAGAGUCUGUGAAACUCAAAGGCAUUUCAGACAGUACAUUUGAGCACUGCGAUUAAACACACUGGAAAAGGCUAGGCGACGUGAGGUUGAAUAAAAAGGUUGAAUUUAUUACCAAUUAUUUAUUUUAAAGAACUAUUUUUACAGUAAAUAUGUAUAUGGUUGUCCUUUUGCUGAAUGAUUGGCUGCUUUCUUUUUAAACAUUCCAUUUUUUCCCAAGUGCAUUAACACUCCUAAAGCUAUCAGACUGCUAUUCUUUAACAAAGUAACAGGUAUAAUAAUGACCACAGAUAACAGCAGUGCUUAUUCAGUGUCAGUUUGCUGUAGACAGGGACACCUUUAACUAUAAACUACAGACCCACGUUUUUUUUCCUGAGCCCUUUUUAUUAACACACUUUAUUAUUCCCUAUAAUUUCCACAGGGAAAUCUUAGAAAGUUCCAGAAAAAUUUAAUUUAACAAAAAAUUAAAUUAAGGUGUUCGGUUAAGGAGGCAGUAUGAAGACGUGUGAAGGAUGAAACUUACUGAUCUAGGGUUAAAUUCUUAAAAUAUUACAACUAACACUUUAUUCAUGUUUGUUUUUUAAUUUUUUCAUAAUGCUGUGAUUUAUUAGGGGAUUCUGACACAUAAUAAUUUUGAAAUAUAGAAAUAAAUCUCUAAAACUUUCUGGCACAAACAUAAUAUGAAAUGCAAUGUUAACUAACAAGUGAAAAAUUUUUGGCAUCUUUGUUAUUACUCUGCUGACUAUUGUCCACAUAAUAACAGUGCGAGUGCUACUGAGUGUGACGUGGUAUCAUUUUGUACAUUUCUACCAUCUACUAAUAGAAAUCUGACCCAACAUGUCCAUGACAGCUACAUAUUUCUCUGACUAAGUUAAAUACUCACCACAGGAAAUGAUUUUUAUUUUUUUUAAUUCCCCCUCAGCUAUGUGGCUCAGUAUAAAGGUAUUUUUAUCUUGACCAGAGAUGAGAUGUAAAUCACACCUUUUCGCUUCACAGAGUCACAAAUGCUUGAAUAAAGAGAACAUCAGAGAGUUACUGAGUUCCAGUCCAGCACUGGGCAGAACUAACACAACUGUUCACGCUGAACAUUAUUUACACCACCUUAUAGAUGUCUAAGCAGUCACAUGAUGACCUGUAACUAUAUCUCUGAGCACAUAAUCACUAAUCUUGUUACAUGCAGGGAUGUGAACGCUUGUGAUGAAUAUUAAUGUUGACUGUUUUCUUCACAUCUGUUCAGAUUAGCUGUCUAUUUAAAAUGAGUGUUUGUAAAUUAUAUCCCUUUGGUGCAAUGUAUAUUAUUCUGCUGUCACUUGUACUGUAUAUAUGCAACAUAAACCACUGUAAUGUCCACCUGUGUUAUACAAUAAAAACCUAAUUCAUUAUACAAUCA